AUGGCGUCGCCGCGCCGCAUUCCCUCCGUGCCUGCCGGAUCCGGCAACAAAGAGAAUAUUUCUCAAGAUGGAGAUGCUCCCUUGGAUUUUGCAACCUUGCCUAAAGAAGGGUCUGCCUCUACAAGGUGGAAGAAGAAGCCUGCAGGUUUCAACUUGAGGAAAAGCAUUGCCUGGAACCCUGCUUUUUUCACUGAAGAAGGUGUUUUGGAUAAUUCGGAGCUUUCUGUGCUUACUGGCUCCCAACCGAUGGCAAAUAGGAGCCCUGGCUCAGGGGUCAGUAGUAUAAUGUCCCCAUCGUGUCAGUCAGGGAGAUAUGGUAACACAUAUGUACGGAAGGAAGCUGCAGAGAAUUCACAUGGAAAAUUGCCUGCAAGAUAUCACAGGGCAGAAAGCCAGGGAAGGAAAUUGUUUUCUUCAGCAAAAACUCCUCAGAGGGACAAACAGAAAGAACCUGCUACACAGUUUACUUGUUAUGGUUGUAGCACUUACAAUCAUCCAAUAACAUUGCUGUUUUCUGCCCAACCAAUUGCAGUUAAAGCUGAGCUAGUUCACAGAGUAACUGGAUUGCCUACUAGAUUGAAGAUCAAUUCUGUAUCUUCUGGACCUAGCAUAGAGAAGGAUGCGGUGCCUGCUGUUACUGGAGAAAAAGCGCUUGUGUCACACGGUGAUGCAGCUAAAAGAAACGUGGGGAGGUGCUUCUCUUCAAAUACUUCAGCGCUUGAUAAACCACCCAGAUACAGGCAGUCUGAGGAAAGCAGACCCCACCUAACAAAGCAGCUGUCAACCAAUUGCACUGCUGCUUCCAAUCUUGUGCCACCUGUGACUAGAGAGAGCAAUCUCAAAUCUUUGGUGAUUCCAGAAAAGGAAUCGUUGUCAAAAGUUAUUACUACAUACAUAGAAAAACCUGGAAAUGUAAAUAAUCAAGCAAGGCCAAAGUCUGAUUUCUCAUUGGCAGGAACUGGAGCUACUACUACUCCGCAGCCAAUGAAUUUAGAAAAGAAUGAUGAUGCCAGAAAUAGUGUGCCACUGCCAGUUGUGUACAAUGAGACAUCGCAUGUAGAAGGAAGGGGCGGUAUCAGAGAGAUUGAACCUCUUGAUAAUUCCGACUCUCUUGAAGCUAUUUGUUCCUCAACCAUUGAACCUGUUGAGGAUUCGUUCCCUCUUCAAGCCAGUUAUUCCUCAACCAAACCUAUUGUAGGGAGUAAAUUGUCACCCUCUUGCAUUUCUUCUGAAGUAUGCUCCUCUAGUGAGCUUAGUUAUCAAGGCAAGUCAGACAGUGAUUCCAGUGCAGCAAUUGACUUGGAAAACUCUAAUGUUGGAGAGACUGCACUUGGAGCUUCUUUGUUGAAAGAUCAGUUGCCACAUUGUGGCAGUUUAAGAGAUGAAACGCCAACCCUAGCUGACAGUCAUUCAGAUUUGAAUGAUUCUUUGUGUGAUGAAGCUAAACCAGCUUUGUCAGAAGAACCAAAUACUGAAGGUGAAAUGGAGCUUGAAACAAACAGUACAUUAGAUAUAAAGGCAACUCCUUUGUUAGAUGUGAGGUGUGGGCGUAUUCACAUUUAUAGGACCACAGAUUGUUCUCCUAUGAAAUUGGAAGCUUCUACACCUUGUGUGGAAAGACGGCAUGCUUUAUUAGUAGAACCAAAUAUUGAAGAAAAAAUGGUGCUUGACACAGACAGAUUGUCAGCUAUACAGGAUGCACCACAUAUAGAAAAGAACAAGGCACCAGACUUAUCACCAGCAAAUACAAUCCUUAAAGAUCAUCUGAAGAACUUGGUACCAUUUACAGAAGAAUGGCUUGCUGUAAUGGAGGCUCGUGGGCAGGAAGUUUUGGAACAAAAGACUGGUGCUGUGCAAAAUUCUCCUCCUGACAAAACAGCUCCAGAACCCAGUCCUUGGUCGCGGUUAAGCGGAAAGCGCAAGAUGUUGGACCAUUUGACUGUACCAAGUUCUCCAAAACAUCCGAACCUCUGGUACCUGACUGCAGACCUUGGACAUCGCAUUCUAUCAUGGUAUAGCCACGGUGAUAAGGUCAGGGCAUCCGAAAAUCCGGUACCCUAA